AUGUAUAACUAUUCUCUGACAAGAUAACAAAUUUUACGAUUAGAAGAAAAAUAUUACGUUCUGCUUCCAGAUAAUUCUAAAAUCUAAAAUUCAAAAGUAUCAGAUGUAAUUGAAACUCAAACUAAUGAUCCAUAAUUAGAUUAGUAAACUAAUUCAGAUUAUUGUGAUGUCAAGAAUUCCUUUAAUGCAUGUUAAAACUUGUAAUAGAUUGAUUAAUAUUAGUUUUUUGGAGAGAUUCAAAUGUGCAAUGUUUGGUAUAAUAGCUACUUUUUUUUUAAGAGUAGUUAUUGUUCUCAAUAAAUAAGAUAAAUCAAAAUUUGAUAUAUUCUCAUUGAUUGCAUUAAUUAGUAGGUAAUUAAUUAAUAACUUAGCUAUUCUUUUUUGAUCAUUUCAAUAAAAUCUUUAUAAGUAAGAGAAGAUAGAUAAGAAUAAGUAAUUAAAAUGCAUAAUAUAACAAAUUUAAUUGCAUUCAUUUUUAUUAUUUUUUGUAACAUUUGUACAUUCCUAUCAACUAAUUAGGACAGUUAGAAGUACUAGAUUGAAAAUAUAUUAGAAUUUUAGUGUUAUCAUGCUUUCUAGCAACUGAUGUCUUAAUUCACAAUUGGGCCUAUUUAGAAUAAAGAUACAGCAAGAGGUUAAUAAAAUUAUUAAUGA